AGGAAGCCUGUCGAUUAUUGCUAGUAUAGGUGCAGCUGCUGUAGAUGAUGAAGACAUAUCGUAUUUAGUUCAUAAAUAAUAAUUUUACUAUUGUCUCCCCAACUUCUCAAGAGUUCAUCAUGGGGAAAACGUUCAAGCGUCCUUCGACUAAGUCGCUGUCGCCAAAUGACACCAGCAAAGGCAAAGUAAGCAGCAAGAAAAAGAAUUUACAAUAUGAUACCAGUUCGGGAUGGCGCAAAACUUGGAUGGCUUUACUUCUAAUCAUAGGAUUCUCUGCCGGCUUAGCUUACGUGGCUUUCAAGUUUCAAGCUACCUCUAGUGGAUUACCGCAUACAGGAAAGACAAAAAACUCUCCUCCAAAAUCAAGUAAAACCAUACCGACAUCCGAAGGAAACCCUACAACAAUUCCACCAGAGUUUAAAAACUUUAAAUUAUCUGUGCAGAAAAAAAUAAAAAUGGAAAGCAUCAAUAUUGAAGGGAAACCGAUAACAAUAAAAGAAUUAAAACACUCAAAUGCAAAGAGUUCAGUCAAGGCCUACACCAUCGAGAACUUUCUCAGCGAUUAUGAAUGCGACAACCUUGUCAAAGUCCAUAAAAGGCGGUUAGAAAUUCUGGAUAAAAUGACACCAAUCAUGUGCUUUGACGGUGUGGACACAUUAAGGAAAAACCUAAAAGAGCUGAAGCUGGCUUAUAAAGUGUCUGAACGGGACUUUACGAUGGGCACGACGUGUCUGAACGAGACGUUCUCUGGUAAACUCCGAGAUCACUUCAAAUGGAGCCACAGCAUGGCCUUCUACACAGGAGAGAACAAAUUCUCGACCAUGUAUGCUAAGAGGAUCCAGGCCGCGACAGGUCUCAGGGAAGAAAACGGCGGGAAAUUUCAAAUUACUGGUUAUCCCAUCGGAGUGGGAUACAAGAGUCACACGGACUGCGUCGUGUAUGAGGGCGAACCAGAAAAACGCGACAGAUACGCGACCAUUUUGGUCUACCUUCAAGAUGUCGAAGAAGGAGGAGAGACGGAUUUCCCACUUCUUGGCAUCAAAGUGAAGCCCAAGAAGGGCCUGGCUCUUGUCUGGAACAGUAUGGACGCGCGGGGUAACUGCGACCCUCUAUCACUACAUGACGCCAAACAAGUAACCAAGGGGCACAAAUACAUCAUUCAGCGAUGGUACUAUUACCAUAAUUUCCCGGCCCUUGGGAGCCGCCCACGAGAGCCGGACCUCCCUAAGCGCAAGCCCGAUCAACCUCGCGUCUCCUGUGAUAUGUACGAGCAAGGCAGCUGUCGCUGGUACGACGAAUGGAAUUAUGACCACAUUAUAGAGUACGUAGCCAAUACGAGACAGCUCGUUUAAGAACAUUACUCGUAUGAACUAGUGUAUAGUCAGCAGUGCUGGUGAAGACAAUGAUUUCGCAUGAUUUAAAACAAAGAUCAAAUUCCUUCAUAUUAACCAACAGACACGGCCUGUUUCGUGUCUGGGAUUUUUAUAGACACACAAACGUUUCUGUAUAGAUACAAUGGUUACAAACAUUGAAAAUAUAUAAAAUGUAUAAAAGAAUUAAGUGUAAAGACAUUUGAUUGAAAAACUAAAUGAUGUCAAUCGUCACAAGCGUACUUGAUAAAUUCCCAAAGUAAAAUGAAAAAUACUUAUUAGCA